ACCCGCGCGCGGAAGGCCAGGCCUGGGAGGAGCUCAGAGCGCCGGGUGCUGGAGAAGCUGUGCUGGAGCACCCGGUUGGUCAGGCCAGAGUGGGCCCGAGGCGGACGUGAACAGGGUCGGAUCAAGAUGGCGGUGCAGGUGGUACAGGCGGUGCAGGCGGUUCAUCUCGAGUCUGACGCUUUCCUAGUUUGUCUCAACCACGCUCUGAGCACAGAAAAGGAGGAGGUGAUGGGACUGUGUAUAGGGGAGUUGAAUGAUGACACAAGGAGUGACUCCAAAUUUGCAUAUACCGGAACUGAAAUUCGCACAGUUGCUGAAAAGGUUGACACCGUCAGAAUUGUUCAUAUUCAUCCUGUCAUCAUCUUCCAUGUUAAGAGGAUGGACCGAAUAGAAAUUUCUCCAGAGCAGCUAUCUGCGGCCUCAACAGAGGCAGAGAGAUUGGCUGAAUUAACAGGUCGCCCCAUGAGAGUUGUGGGCUGGUAUCAUUCCCAUCCUCAUAUAACUGUCUGGCCUUCACAUGUUGAUGUUCGCACUCAAGCCAUGUACCAGAUGAUGGAUCAAGGUUUUGUAGGACUUAUUUUUUCCUGUUUCAUAGAGGAUAAAAACACAAAGACUGGUCGGGUACUCUACACUUGCUUCCAAUCCAUACAGGCCCAAAAGAGCUCAGAGUCCCCUCAUGGUCCACAAGACUUCUGGAGCUCCAGCCAGCACAUCUCCAUUGAGGGCCAGAAGGAAGAGGAAAGGUAUGAAAGAAUUGAAAUUCCAAUCCAUAUUGUACCCCAUGUCACCAUUGGAAAAGUAUGCCUUGAAUCAGCAGUGGAGCUGCCCAAGAUCCUUUGUCAGGAGGAACAGGAUGCAUAUAGGAGGAUUCACAGCCUUACACAUCUGGACUCAGUAACCAAGAUCCAUAAUGGUUCAGUGUUUACCAAGAAUCUGUGCAGUCAGAUGUCAGCAGUCAGCGGGCCUCUCCUACAGUGGUUGGAGGAUAGAUUGGAGCAAAACCAACAGCAUUUGCAGGAGUUACAACAAGAAAAAGAAGAACUUAUGCAAGAACUUUACUCCCUAGAAUAAAGGAGGAGACAAAUG